AUGGCCACCCGCCGUCUUGCCGAGGGCGAAAAGACCAUCCUGGAAAAGGACGACACCGUCGGGGCCAGCCCGCCAGCUGGCGAGAAGUCCAACAUUGCCCCGGCUGUUCCACAGUAUGUUGCCGCUGUGCCGGAGCCUCGGGGCUGCUACUCUUCUCUUCUUGUGAUGCACGUCAUCUUGAAGCUUCUGGGCUUCACUUUUACCAUGAUUGUGGCACCAAUCGGGUCGUAUUUUGCGACGGUGGAUGUGCUCUUCAAAGGAAACUCAACAUAUGCAGGCGCAUUGGCAGCCAUCGUCGCCAAUGUAGUGCUCCUAGCGUAUGUGGUGGUAGCGUUCUACGAGGACCAGUCGGACCAGCUGGCCGAGAAGGAGACGAAGAAGGAGAGGUAG